AUUGUUAGAUGAUAGAAGGAAUAAUUUUAUAAAAUCAUCCGAUUUAGGUUUUUGAGAUUAUUGAAUAGCAACAUUUGCUAUUAGUUUGAUUACCAGAUCAUUUGUGAAUACAUUUAGUUUAAUAAAAAGUAAGCCUGUUAAAAAUUAAAAAUGAAACAAUUUUUCGUUCUCUGUGUCUUUACCAUCUCAUUUGCUGCAGCCUUUGACGCUGCAGAUCUACUCCAACAUGAUUCAAGCAGAAAAAGCAUUAAACCUGUAGAUUGUCCUGAGCUCACUCGACUUCGACAACCAUUUGACCUUAAAAAAUAUCUUGGUGCUUGGUAUGAAAUAAAGUCAACCAAACCAAUUUUUGAGAAUGGCCUACGUUGUGUCAAAACUAUCUACGGAAUGGACAAUUUUCAAAUCGUUUUUGUUAACAACUCUGCCGUUGAUCUUGCUAACAAUGCACUUUUCAGUCUCGGAGUUGCUUCUCACCUAGAAAACGCAUUGUCCGUCCAUACAUUUUUUUCAAAUGGUCUAUCUGAUUCGCCUUAUUCACAAUAUUGGGUUGUCGACACUGAUUACGAUAAUUAUGCAUUAGUUGUUUCGUGUAAUGCUGUCGCUCCUUUAUUCACUAUCCGUGAUGCUUGGAUACUUUCAAGAAAACCAACCUUAGACGACGAUAUUGUCAAAAACCUGGUUGCUAAAUUACCAUCGUUCGGUUACGAAGACGUUGAACUCCUUGACACAGCUCAGAAUUGUUGAUUUAAAUCAUGGAAUAAGCUAUUACCGAUAAAAUUGGAACCAAAACCUCGAAAUUAUUCUAUUUAUUGAUAAAAAUGCUGUAUUCUGAACCCUCUAAAUCACUAUAUAAAUAAAGGUUACUUAGCUUUAU